CCUAUUCGCCCUCCUCUUUCUCCUCCUCCUCCUCCUCUCUGGCAUUUUGUGCAGCGGAGGAGGAAAGGAGGAGAGACUGCUGAGGAGGAGACAGAGGGGACCCCGAGACAACACGUCCCACGCCAGAACCAGACAGGAACUUUGAUUUGACGCCAAGUAGGCUGCGAUGAAAAUGACGAUGAAGAGAACGAGUCACGUUUCUUCUUCUUGGGAGGCUUAGAUAUGUCGGGCGUGUGCAACAUAUGAUGUCCUUGUACUCAUAUGCUCAAUGAAGAUUUAUUUAUCUCUGAUAAAUCUCUCCUCUAUUCUCUGAUGGUGCCGCUUUCCUAGUGCCUGCACUUGGGUCAGCCGAAUGAAUUUGAAGGCAGUCUGAGCGCAAUGUUUCCAGCUCCGUUGCAUAUGGGAUUUCCAGCCGUGAUGUCUGCAAUAUUUCGUUCUUUGUUUCUGGUCCUAUUCAGCCUGCUGUCAGCGGGUGCCCAGACAGAGAUGAAGAAGGUCGUAGGGGACAAUGCCACCUUACCAUGCCACCAUCAGUUCCCAUCAUCCAACCCUCUUGACAUCGAGUGGCUACUGCAGAAACCAAACUCCAAGCAGAAAGUGAUCAUUACCUUCUUUGGGGGCCAGGUGUACACCAAUGAGGCGACGGGCAGUGAGGCCAGCCGUCUGUCCUUUGCUGGGGAGUACCUGAGUGGAGAUGCUUCCCUGCUGAUCAGUGACCUGCUGCUGACCGACUCUGGGGAAUACUACUGUAAAGUCAAGACUGGGGGAAAAUAUCACUGGAGCCAGGUCAACCUCGUUGUGUUGGUUAAGCCUUCGAAGCCAAGGUGCUGGAUGGAUGGCAAACUCUUAGAGGGCAGUGAUGUCAAGCUGAGCUGCAAGUCCAGCGAUGGUUCAGACCCCAUCAGCUACAAGUGGGAGCGAGUAUUGGACAAAGGCAAAAGUCUGGGCAAACUGCCAAACUUGGCACUGAUAGAUCUCAAGAACCCAGAGAUUGUGACCCUGAGGAAUCUCACCAUGGACAGCACCGGUGUCUACAGGUGUACAGCAAGCAAUGAUGUAGGAGAGGAAAACUGCACCAUUGAGGUCACAAUGCAGCAUGUGAGGGAUGUGGGCAUGGUAGCAGGUGCAGUGGUCGGAAUAUCCCUUGGUGUCCUCAUUGUCAUAUUAAUCAUCUGGCUCGUCUUCCGGAAGAAAGAGAAAAAGAAGUACGAGGAGGAGGAGACUCCUAAUGAGAUCAGGGAGGAUGCAGAGGCUCCUAAGGCCAAGCUAGUGAAGCCCAACUCACUCUCCUCAUCCCGCUCUGGCAGCUCACGCUCAGGUGCCUCCUCCACUCAGUCCAUGGUGCACAACAGCGCCCAGCGUGGCCAACGUCCUCGCCCACCUGCUGUAGCAGCGCUCAAGGAAAAUGGACAGCCCCCAGGCUUCCCCCAAUCCCCUCCAGCCUACAAUGCAGUGGUGCCCCCCAAGACCCCUGAGCCCCCUGCCACCCCCAAAUUUAACUCCAGGAACACGUCAGGGGCCACACCCCCAACCCUCAUGGUGCCCGCCCAGACCAAGGCCUUUCAGACUGUGUAGGACUGAAAGUAGCCCCUUCCUGCAGCUAUUUGAGACUACCAUCCCUGCCCAAGCCCCCUAGCUCCCACCCAUAAACAAAGAAAUGCAACUAGCUAAAAGGAUGUAAUUAAAAGAAUUAAUACUAUGAGUCCUAAACUAAAAUUACUUUUAAUGAAUGCAUACUUAAAAAGGGAAAAUAAGACAUGCUUUCCCCCUACUGAAUUACAUAAAACAACAAAACAAAAGAAAAAAACAAGACCUGGGAUGCAGCACUGUCUCUUAGCUAAAGGCAGAAUUUAUUUUCUGAGCUCCUUCUUUUGGCUUUGGAAGGUACAGGGAAGCAUGUGCAAUGAGGUGUAAGGAGCCCCCUAGUAGAACUUUUAUUUAUUUAUCAAAUCAAAGGGUUAGGUAUGCAGUGGAGAAAAAGAAGGGGGUGGGAAGGAAAGCAUUUAAAGCUGGAAAUAGAUCCAAAUCCAGAGCCAGGUACAGUACCAACGGAGACAUAUAGCUGUUGGGUUUCAGUUGUCAACAAAUACAAGAUACAGUAGAUUCAAGCAGAAUGGAAAAAGGAGGAAGAAAGUGCAAAAGUGUAAGACAGCCACAGAUUUUUUUUUUUCUCUGGGAGAGCAGGGGGUUGGAGUUUUCUGAUUCAUGUCAUCCUGCACCUCUGAGUCACUGCUUCCAGCACAUGCUCUGAAUCCGCAAAACUCCCUCCCAUGGGCUGGACCAAUUGUGCCCAUCCAUGUGGAUAGACACAACACACGGCGUGUGCAUCAUCUGCCUCGGUGCUCUUGGUCUUUUCAUGGUCUCAAAACAAACCCACAAAAAACCACAGUGGUCCUGAGGCUGACUCAUCUGGCUCAUCAGCUUUACCAACAGCUCACCUGCUUUACCUAUCAUCAGGGGAAACUUCAGGUACAAGGAUAUAGCAUUGACAGUGGAGCCAAAUCAUUGGAGCUGUAAUCCCCUCCCACAUCCUGUCUACAUCUAUGGACAACCUUUUCUAAUCCUGCAUAUCUUCCCUAAAUAGUUAAAUAGUAUGUAUUAGGCCUGUAGCAAGUAAAUAUUUUAAAUAUAGGGUAUACGUAUCUAGUAGACCAGCUAGACUUGUUUUUCUUUUCUUUGUUUCUGUUCUCCUGUGUCUUCUCUCUGGGAACAGGUUGUAAAGGCUGACGGACAGCUGUGUCUAUUCAUCCAUUUUAAGAAGUGCCACCAGUCCCUAGAAUGGGUUAUUAUUGUUGCUUUUUUUACUCUUUUGUCUACCUACUACAUUUCUGUCUGAAACCAAAAUCUGUCACCAUGAAUGUGUGGUGUACAAAGCUGUUGGAUCCCAUUACUUUCAGCCUCCUAUAAAGUACCAAAUCAAUAUUCAAGCUAAGGCACAAAGAAUUGACGUUGACAUUCAAUUUUACAAUUGCUACAGUAUGUCCGAAUGAAGGGAGACUUCAGUUGUAUAGGGGCUGUGUGUGGUAUCAUUGUCAGUACUCCCUCUGGAUCCAUAGCAAUGAAGUCACACUCGAUUGCCGUCUCACUGAAUCACCACUUGGUUAUUAGUUGAACUGUGCUACAGUAUAAGCCGCCUCCUUUCAUAUCCUCAGACAGACCAAGUGCAGUUUGAUUGCAAGUAGCCUAUCUAGCGUGCCUUUGGAAUCCCUCUACCCUUUGACUGUUUCUUUCUGUUCUUAUAUUCAGCAUAACAGUGGUUAAGCCCCUGUUCACACCACCAACAACAAAUAAUAAGAUACAACCUCACAUAUAUGCCCUAGUAAUAAAAAGAUGCAGCCUAGGGAGCACCAAGAAGAGUAAAUCAUCCAUGGUGAGUAAUCCCAUGCCAUGUGACAAUGUAUUGUACAUUCUGUAAUCAGUCUUGUUUUAUAUUGUACAUACGGAUCAAUAUACGCACAUGAUGUCAUUUAAAUUAAUGAGGGUAUGUGAGGGGAGAUUCCCCCCCUCGCAAAAGAGUCAAAUGGGAAACCCAAAAAGUGAAUUUAAACCAGGGGAUUUUUUUGCACACGUGCUCUAAGUGAACUAGUGAAGCCCCAAUUCAGACACCGCCUUUGACAUUUUUAUCUUUGAACUCUGUUUAUACUAUAUGAAACAAAUAUUAUAUGUAAUGGAAAGUGUAGCAUCAAACCCAUCUUGCUCAGUACAAAGGAAAAUAUUUUCACAGCUACUGUUCAGAUUCUCAUGAGAUGUUUUACUGAUCCCCUGAAAAGGAUGUCUCUUGAUUUUAGUGACCCUGUGAGCUUUCCACAAUCAACAGCACCAGGUCAAAAUUCCCCCUUGACCUUAUCUUGAGCUUCAUAAAAUCUGCUGUGAAUAUUUAUAAUCAGCCCUGGAGGACUAUUUUGGUAAACCUAUGUGCCUAUUUGGCACACUACCCAGCUUCCACUCUUGUACAAGGUUGGUCUUUAUCUAAUUGCAGAUUGCAAUGAAAAUUUGAAAGCCUUUUCAAAUAUGAGCUGCGCUUUAUUUUAUUGACUCCAUGGCCUUUACUCUCAGGAUAAAUUUAACACUUUAAGUGCCAACAACAAGUUCUAAGAAUCGCAAAUUGUCACUAUGUUUAAUAUUGUAGUCUGUAAUGAAUGAUUGCUAUUCUCUCUAGGCCCAUAGGCUUCAGUCUGAAUUUUCACAUUCAACUUAAACAAAAUGAAUUUAACCUGAAAAAUUCUGAAAACCAACAUCUGCCUGAAAAACACAUGUGGUUGGACUUCACGUGCAGGAUUUCACAUGACAGAACAGUAAAGAAAAUUUAGAAAAAAAAUGUCUAUUAUGUUCAACUAGAGACAGCAGUUCAUAUUUGAUCAUGGAACGUACUGUGUGUCUAUGCCUGUGCGUGCUUGCGUGCAUGCAUGCAUGGUUUUGAAUGUGGAUGCGUGUGCAUGUAAAUUCAGUAUAAACCCCUGGGCUGCACCCACACAUUUUCAUGUUAGCCAUUCAGUGAGUGAGAAGGAUCCAGUCAGGCAAUGUAAACACUAUCCCAACUGAUAUGACUGCAGACUGGCAGUGUGUAUUUUCAUUUUCACUGACUUGUAUGUCAUCUGAACUUGGCUUCGCAGGCAGCAGUCAAGUCUUUGCUUGUGGGGGUGGCAUCUCGAGACAAAGUAAGUCCAUUAUUCAUAUCUGUCGUCAGCUCUGGAGGCCACUUGUACACUCUCUCCUUGCUCCUGCUGUCUCCUAACACAGAAUGCACUUGGCCCUGGGUGUACUGGUGGUAUCUGAAGGCACACACACAAUACAAACUGGUAAAAGUUGUAUAUAUUUCACAUAAAUAAACACACAACUUGGCACAUUCAGGCCAAAGAUAGCCCAAACAUAUAUAUUCCUUGUUAUUUCUGCUCCUUCAGAAUCAAUUUGUUGGAUCGAAUGCUUGAAUUACAACCGACUGAUGGAGCCAGGAUACUAAAUGCGACACAGACAGGGACGCUGCAACACCCAGGGGACACCUGGAGACACAUGCACACACAACUUCUAUAACACACAGUUGCAUGCAAACAAACAUGCAGGCACUCAGGCAGACACUGCUAUGAAUCUUAAUCUGGACAGCAUAUGACUUUUAUGUGUGUGUCUUUUUCAUUACUUUUCUCAUGGGAAUCUGAAAGAGACAUACUGGGAAUCAGGAGAGGUUUAACAGGACUGGUAAUGAGCCAGGGCUGUCGGUUUCUGCCACUGAAACUCCUUCCACUACAUAGGAAAGUAGCGGUGGAGGUGGAAGAAGGGAUGCAAGUCUUCCAGCUGUUAAAUUCCUCCAACCUUUUUGAUUUGCUUUCCAGCAAGUGCAAGUCUCAGGUGGCAGAUUCCCCCAGUUUAUGAGCUCUCGCGUUGCAUCUCUCAUGUGAGCAGCUUUGUGGUCUGACAAACUUGUGCUCUUUCCAACAAAUUAAUUUUAAAGAGCUUUUGUCAGUUCAGUAGAGAGUGGAGGAGGAAAAGUCUUAACACACCUCAGCAGCACAGCCAAUAUAAAUCUUCACAACAGUAUCCAUCAGCACUAUAUAUUGUCUUAUUAUCAACACUCAAAGGUGCAGUAAACAUGAAAUCAUAAAUGGUUAUCCUGCGUUAUAUGAUAGGAGUAUGAAUCUCAUGUAGCAACGAUGUUUUAUGUUCUAUUAAAGCAGUUUUAUUUAUGAUUAAAGCUGUUGCACAGGGGCAAAGUGGUGCUCAGACUUUGUGGUUCGGCCUUGUAUGUCAGUCUGAGGGAAUGUGAUGUAUUGUUACCUUUAAGGAUACAGAUGGGACUGAAGUCACCCUCAAGAAGGAAAGUACCUGCAUGUCAUUGGAGAAUGGGUAGAUGAACGGGAAUGCUUUGCUUUGAUGUAACAUAACUGUAUUCGGAUAAAAUUUUAAAAAAUCUACAAUUGUAAAUAUAUUCACAGAAAAAUUUUAUGAGGCUUUAUUUUUGUCUUCUUUAUUUUGAAGUUUUCAUCCAUGUACUUUGCACUUUUCUGUGUGCUUUGCUCAUCACCGGCCUGAGUAGGAUCUGUGUGGUUGGCUGUUUCUCUUGACUACAUUGUUUUGAUGUCAAGGAGAGACACGCUCGGCACCGCGAUACUGAAGGGAAAUUUAAAAAUUUAAGACACGCUUUCUUUACUCUCAUCUGUUUUUUUUUCUGCUGUGGCUUCUUUUUUGUUUUCUAAAACAGUACAGAAUUUUUUUGUUUGUUUGUUCCUUUGUUUGAUGAAAACAAUCCAUGUAAAUAUCACAAGUAAAAAAAUGUAUAUUUUUACGAUUUCUGAGUUAUUACUCUUUCAUUUGCAAAUAAAAUAU